GCAGAGAGUAGUUCGAAUGUCGGAUUUAAACAAAUCUGAUGUUUUUGGUGGAGCCCCUGAUAGGAACAGAUGCAUAGAUGAUGUUGAAAACAAUGAUGACAACAUGAAAGCAGUGAAAAGCAGACCAGCUGCAGAUGAGGUUGAGGAGUGGGGAGAUUCCACUGAAAUCUCCUGGUUUUCUUCUUGUCAAAUUUUGGAUAAAGAUGGCGACGAAACAGCUAGAAAGGAAGGGCCUCUCCUGCCCAGGCAUAAGCAUGAACACCAACUGCAACUUGUUGUAGAUUGCAUGAGUCUAGAUGAUCUGGAUUUUGAUGAGGAGGCUUCAUCAGUUCAGCCAUUUUCAGGGAAUCAAGAGCUCUCUGAAUCCAAGAGAAAGAGGGCUGAAAACGCGUUGCCUUCAUCCCUGAAGCUUCUCUAUAACUUCCAGAACCGGUUCAGGAGAUUAACCGGGGAGAAGGUGAAUGCUGCAGCACCAAGCUGCAGCAGCAGUCAUGAUGAAUCCAGAGAGAUGAAUUGCUGCAGCAGUACUAGGUUGUGGAUAAACGAGAUUUUGCAGUUGGCUGCACACAAGUUCAUUGAGAACUCUUCCCAUGGAGACAGUGAACUAAACAAUCUAUUUCCCAAUUCAUGUUGGGGCCUUCAUGGCGAAGAUUAUAAAGAUGUUGAACUGCUUCUACAUCUCCUCGCUUCGGCUGAGAGAGUUGGCCAGAAAAAGUUUGACAGCGCGAAAGGUUUCCUCAGCAUGUGCGACAAGCUGAGUUCCAAGAAUGGAAAUCUUGUGCAGAGAUUAGUAUACUAUUUCUCUGAAGCUCUUCGCGACAAAGUUGAUUGGCAGACGGGAGAGAAGUCACCAGAGAAUUUUGGAAAGAAACAGAUUGAGUAUCUCAAAGAGGAACUCACCUGCCCAAAAAAAUGCAUCCUUGAAACUCAUCAGAAUUUUCCUUUCUUACAAGUGAUUGAGUUCGCCAGUGUCCAAGCAGUGAUAGAACAUGUAGCAGAAGCAAAAAAGAUCCACAUUAUUGACCUUGAGAUCAACCAUGGGAUGCAAUGGACGAUUCUGAUGCAAGCUCUCGCAGCAGCUCGCCAUGCUGAAUCUUCCAUUGAGAACCUCAAGAUAUCUGCUCUGGUGAUCAAGUCGGGGCCACUGAUCGAGGAGACAGGUAAACAACUAACAAGCUUCGCUGAUUCUUUGAAGAUCCCCUUUUCAUUUAAAACAGUAAAGGUCCAAGACAUUCUUGAAGUGAAUGAACAGAGCUUUGAGGUUGAGGAAGAUGAAGCACUUGCAGUGUAUGGACUGUUUUUCUUCAUGACAAUGAUUUCAAAACAGGACCGGCUGGAACACUUGAUGAGAGUGAUGAGAACCAUCCGUCCACGAGUGAUGGUCAUAACAGAGGUGGAAGCUAACCACAACUCUCCAGUUUUUGUAAACCGUUUCACCGAGUCCCUCUUCUUCUACAGCGCAUUCCUAGAUUCCUUGGAGCAUUUCCUAAAGCACGAUGAAUAUAUCAGAGCGAAUUUAGAACGUGAACAACUGAGUCACCGUAUAAGGAACAUUGUGGCAGCAGAGGGGGAGGAGAGGGUGAUCCGACAUGUAAGUAUGAAUGUAUGGAGGGCAUUUUUUGCACGGUUUGGGAUGAAGGAGGUGGAGAUGAGUAUGUCAUCAGUGUUGCAAGCCAAUUUGGUGUUCAACAAUUUUCCCUAUGGGAAAUAUUGCACACUUGACAAUGACGGUAGCUUCGCUGCUAGGACGCGGGAGCACCGGAACUUAGAGGAUGAAUUGAAGGAAGACCGGAGUGACUGUCUGAAUACCGAGCAUACUCCACUGGACGAUGCACAGAGGCUGAUCUACUGUCAAGACUUCCAUUUUCAAUCAUCUUCAAGGUUUCAACCUUCACUUCUAGGGCUCUUCCGUGCCUCACUCGUGGUCGAUUCUACGCACCGGCACUGCCACAGCCCACUGCCCACGCAGGCCGCAGCCACGCCCCACAGCCAGCGCCUCCAGAUUCUCUCUUCAUCUCAGUCCAUUGCUCCACCGUCGUCCAUCCGUCCAGCAUUCCGUCUCCGGCGACCGGCAAGUCGGCAACAACUUGCGAAUUGUCAGGUUAGAACCAAUCCUUAA